AUUUGAAGUAAGUUUGUAAACGAACUCGAAACAGGUUAUGAUAUGUUUCAUUGUAACCUACUCCUCUUUAAAACUUGGAAGCCAGAUGGCACUAGUGGAAUAAUGUCUUAAAAUUUUUUUUCAUUGAGCCGUAUCUAGUUAUUCAGUGGUCUUCUUAUCGUAAGGUUCAGCCAUGGCGAAUUGUCUACGGCUUAUUCCUUUUCAGUCUCAGGGUUUAGUGGUUGGUAUACAGACUGCAAGAUGCUUCCAUCAAUCGGCACCUGCACUGGCUGUUGCUAUGAGCAAGUUUGAUUCAAAUGUUUCUCUUCCAUAUGAAAAACUAAGGAAAAAUCUAGGCAUUAUUAAGAAACGAUUGAAUAGACCAUUGACUUUAUCCGAGAAAGUUCUGUACUCGCACUUGGAUGACCCACAAGGACAAGAAAUCGAAAGAGGUACUUCUUACUUGCGAUUGCGGCCUGACAGGGUUGCUAUGCAAGAUGCUACAGCUCAAAUGGCUAUGCUUCAGUUUAUUUCAUCAGGGCUUCCAAAAGUAGCAGUUCCUUCUACAAUUCACUGUGAUCAUUUAAUUGAAGCUCAAGUGGGAGGAGUCGAAGACUUGAAAAGAGCAAAGAACGUCAAUGAAGAAGUCUAUUCUUUCUUGAAAAGCGCUGGAGCUAAAUAUGGUGUUGGUUUCUGGCAUCCUGGUUCAGGAAUUAUUCAUCAGAUUAUUCUUGAGAAUUAUGCAUUCCCCGGCCUCCUGAUGAUUGGUACUGACUCACAUACACCAAAUGGCGGAGGUCUUGGAGGUCUCUGCAUUGGUGUUGGAGGUGCUGAUGCUGUUGAUGUGAUGGCAAACAUUCCAUGGGAAUUGAAAUGCCCUAAAGUUAUUGGUGUCAAGUUGACCGGUGCUCUCAAAGGUUGGACGUCUCCUAAGGAUGUCAUCUUGAAGGUAGCUGGAAUCCUUACUGUAAAGGGAGGAACUGGUGCAAUUAUUGAGUAUUAUGGUCCAGGUGUUGAUAACAUUUCUUGUACUGGUAUGGGUACAAUUUGCAAUAUGGGAGCUGAAAUUGGUGCUACAACUUCCCUCUUCCCAUUCAACAAGAGGAUGGCUGAUUACCUUAAUGCCACAAACAGGGGCGAAAUAGCCAAAGAAGCUGCAAAUUAUAAGGAUUUACUUACCCCAGAUGAGGGAGCUCCUUACGAUCAAACGAUCGAAAUAGAUUUAUCAACCUUAGAAGCGCAUGUUAAUGGUCCUUUCACUCCAGAUCUUGCUCAUCCCAUAUCCAAGCUUGGAGAAAAUGCCAAGAAAAAUGGAUGGCCACUAGAGAUCAAAGUUGGAUUGAUUGGUUCCUGUACCAACUCUUCUUAUGAAGAUAUGGCUCGUUGUGCCUCUAUUGCACGGGAAGCUUUGAAGCAUGGUGUGAAGUCUAAAAUACCGUUCAAUGUUACACCUGGAUCUGAGCAAGUUAGAGCAACUAUAGAAAGGGAUGGAAUUGCCCAAACUCUUCGAGAAUUUGGAGGUACUGUUUUAGCUAAUGCUUGUGGUCCAUGCAUUGGCCAAUGGGAUAGAAAAGAUGUCAAAAAGGGUGAAAAAAAUACUAUUGUAAAUUCAUAUAAUCGUAAUUUCACUGGCCGUAAUGAUGCUAAUCCUGCAACUCAUGCUUUCGUCACAUCUCCUGAACUUGUUACCGCUUUGGCUAUUAAAGGAAGCCUUGAUUUUGAUCCAAGAACUGACAAAAUCAAAGCAGCUGAUGGUAGUGAUUUCAAGCUGAGUGAUCCAUUUGGUGAUGAACUCCCUGUUAAGGGAUUCGAUCCUGGUGUAGACACCUACCAAUCUCCCCCAUCUGAUGGGUCAAAGGUGAAUGUAGACGUGGACUCCAAAUCACAGAGGUUGCAGAUCCUUCAACCUUUUGACAAGUGGGAUGGGAAGGACCUUGAAGACAUGACAAUCCUUAUUAAGGUCAAAGGGAAGUGCACAACUGAUCACAUUUCAGCUGCUGGACCUUGGCUUAAGUACAGAGGUCAUCUAGACAAUAUCUCCAACAAUUUAUUCCUCACCGCUACAAAUGCAGAGAACGGAGAAUUAAACAAAGUCAAGAACAGGCAAUCCGGCGAAUGGGGUACUGUGCCAGAUACCGCCAGAGCUUACAAAGCUGCUGGAAUCAAGUGGGUCGCAGUAGGAGAUGAGAAUUACGGUGAGGGCAGCUCCAGGGAGCAUGCUGCCCUAGAACCCAGGCACCUUGGUGGAAGGGCAAUUAUUGUCAAGUCCUUUGCUAGGAUCCAUGAAACUAAUCUAAAAAAACAGGGACUCCUGCCUCUUACCUUUGCCAAUGCAAGUGACUACGACAAAGUACAACCUGAUGACAAACUUUCAUUAGUGGGGCUUUCUAAAUUAGCUCCUGGAAAGCAAGUGGAAUGCAUAUUAAAGCAUUCGAAUGGAAAGACUGACAAGAUAAUGCUGAAUCAUUCAAUGAACGAACAGCAGAUUUCCUGGUUUAAAGCUGGUUCCGCCUUAAACCGCAUGAAAGAAAUUUCUGGAAAGAAGUAAUGGGUUAUGAGUAUAUAUAUUACUUUACUUUUUAAAUCAAAUUUGAUUUUUAUCUGUAUAGUUGUUAAGCAAAGUGCCUGUUAGUUUUAAAACUAUCAUUGAUUUUUAAAGACCUUUGAAAGUAACAUCAUAUUUGUUGAGUAUGAUUACUUGUUUUUAAUUUAAAAUGGGCCAAUUUGUUGUUCUUUCUAUACAAAACAAAUUUUGUAAAGCUAUUCCACGAUUUAAGUUUGUAGAUAGCGCUGAUAAGUUGUAUAGUCAUAACAAGUAUUUAUAUAAUUCCAUAGUAAUUUGUAAAUAAGUCCAAUAAAAAUUAAAUUAUAUUUUUUCAUGAA